UGAGGAUCCGGGGGCAAUUAUCAAAGUCACAGACCUAGUCGCACACGCAGAGAUGGAUGUGCAGCUGUCUAUAGAUGACCAGGAGAUUUGGGAGAAGAGAAGGCAGAGACUGGAAGCGUUGAGCAGGGCCAACCCGAGCCAGCAAGGGCAUGAUCCUGCACAACCCGGCCAGAUUAUGGAUCUUCUGCUAUACUCGGCUGCGAAGGGAGGGGAUGUGGACAACUUCAUCGACGCCCUGGAGGAUCAUUGCGCAAAGAAAAGAGUGUCGUUGCCCGUCGUUCUCGGGCAAUGCAGCCCUUCCAAGAAUACACUGCUUCACGCUGCGGCAGAGAGUGAUGAUAUGGUCAGAGCAGUCAUCGAUUUCGUCCCUGACGACUUGAUCUCCCUGGCGAACUCCUGCGGAGAGACGCCGCUGCAUAUUGCAGCUAGAGCCGGGAAAACCGGUGCGGUGGAGCUUCUCCUUCCCCGGGCGAAGCCAAGAGACACUGACAGCAGUGGCAACUCCGCUUUGCACGAGGCCGUGAGGAACCGCCGCUACGAGGUGAUCCGUCGGCUGGUAAGUGAAGAUCCCAAUCCGCUCUAUCAUCAAAACAAUGAAAGUAAGUCUCCAUGGUGCAUAGCAAUCGAAACAGGGGACUUGGAGGUUCUCAAGCUCUUGCUGGAAGCGCCAAACCCAGUCGAAACGGGGAACUUGGACUCGGAGAUUUUGGCGAUCUUGCUGGAAGCGCCAAACCCAGUCGAAACAGGGAACUUGGACUUGCACAUGUUAGAGUUCCAGCUCCGAGUAAUGAUUCCAAAUGUUUUCGGCAUGUCCCCGGCGCAUGUCGCUGUCACGUACCAGAAAAUGGGUAAACCCUACUUUCAAGCUCUCGCACAUUCUUUGACCUUCUUGGUCACUCUUUCUUUUUCUCUUCGUUUUGGUUUCCAUUGGUGGUGGAAAAAUCAAGUUUCACGAGCAAAGUCUAGCUAAUGAGGCGCGUGGUCAUGUGGUGUGAUAGCUUACAAUCCUAAGGGACAAGAUUGUGUGUCAAGUCCCAAUACUUUGGAUCACCUAGAACGGGAUCAACCCCUACUAAAGAAUUGCAGGACUUUGCGUUCAUCCCACAAUGAUUAACUCCUUGCGUUGGAUUUAGAUAUGCUAACGGAGAUGUGGAAAAAGAAGCCGGGGCUAUUUCGAUUGAGAGAUGAGGGAUGUGGCACUCCACUCCAUUUUGCAGCGUACACAAAUUAUCUCGAUGGAGUCAAGUUCUUGAUCGAUAAGAUCCCAUUAAGUGCCCUGGCGCAAGAUGAGGAGGGCUAUCUUCCUAUCCAUAUUGCUUGCAUGAUGGAUCACGUGAGUAUUGUCGAGGAGCUACUUCGGCAAUGGCCGGACCCUGCAGAGUUUCGAGCUAGGCAAGGAGAAAACAUUCUUCACGUGUCGGCGAGGUACGGAUGCAUUUCAACUGUCAAAUACAUACAGAAAAGUCCCAAAUUCGGUCACCUCAUAAAUGCGAGAAAUUUCGACGGGAAUACACCUCUGCAUCUGGCCGCGUUGCAUUGGCAACCUUCGAUCUUGCUUCUUCUUGCACGAGACGGAAGAGUUGAUCUUAAGCUGCUAAAUAACGGAAACAUGACGGCUCUAGACGUGGUAGAGGAGGACAUGAAAGAAACGGAUGCUCCACUUCGGAAGAAAAUAACGCGGAUAAUUUUGGCAUCUGCUGGAACACCAAGAAGCGGUGAAUUAGCUAUCCGUAGGGGAAUCAGCCGGAGCCUAGGGAAAGAAAUGCAACCACCGGAGUUGGAUAGACUCAAGGAGGAGGCAAACACUCGCAUGGUCGUGGCGGCACUGGUAGCUGCUAUGACUUUCGCGUCUGGUUUUUCCGUUCCCGGAGGAUACAAUGGUUCUGACCCAGAUGCUGGAAUUGCCGUAUUACUCCACAAAGCCAUGUACAAUGUCUUUGUGAUUUGCAACUCCGUCGCCAUGUAUAGCUCAAUCAUCGCACUCGUGAUCCUCCUAUGGACACAGAUUAAUGAUCCUUACGUGGUGGAAAGUGCUCUUUCGAAAUCAAGACUGCCGUUGUUGGUAACUCUUGCUGCGAUGCCUCUGGCAUUCAUGGCAGGCGUCUACGUGAGCAUAACCAAACUCGCUUGGCUCGCCAUUGUGGUCUUGGUCUUGGGAUCCGUCGCCCUCUGCAUUAUCUUGAGUUUCUACCUUUUGUUGUAUAUCCCACUUGGGCACAAGCAUCCUCUCGUUCGUCGCUUCACCGACUUAAUUAUCGUUCUGGGCAUCUCAAUGUCGGGAAGUGUGACUGCAGGCAGUGGGACUGCGGGACGAGCAACGACAACUCCCGGUGCCCAUCGCGGUGCUGACCAUCGCCUCCACCUGAGAAGGGGGUGGAACACCUCAGCUGAGAAUCAAGCUCCCUGA